UUCAGAAUCGGAAUCCGCGGAUAUGUGGCGCUAUUGGACCUUGGUCAUAUACUUUUCUGGAUCCCUAACCACUUCCUUGACGGCAUUCAAAAGCUGCGGAACGGAUAAGCAAUGUGUUCCAUACGAACAAUGCAACAAAGGCUUAAUGGUGGACGGAAAGUUCUAUCCGGAUCGAAGUAGAACCACUUUGGAUGAGCAGUGUCACUAUAUGGAGAAAUGCUGUAAUACACACGAUACACUCUUGACACCUGACUCCGCUAUGGGGUCCACCAACUGUUCGUGUGGAGGUCGCCAUGAUCUCUGGUAUUACCUUCGUCCCUUGGGCUACAAACAGAAGGAGGCCAAGUUCGGUGAGUUUCCCUGGUUGGUGGCGGUGUAUUCUGCAGAUGGCUAUCUGUGCAGUGGAGCCAUGAUCACUCCUCUGGCAGUGGUCACAACAGCCCAUUGUGUCCAGAAUGUGGAGGCGGGGAAACUCCGUCUGGUUGCCGGGGAAUGGGAUGCCGCCGUGGAACUGGAACCACAACCACAGCAGGAGAGAUUGGCGGUGGAGUCUGUGGUGCAUCCCAACUUCACCCAAAUGCCGCUGGCCAACAACUUGGCGAUUAUCCUGGUGGACAAGGACAAACCCUUUCAGAUGGCGCCCAAUGUGCAGCCCAUCUGCCUGCCACCUCCACAAAUGUCCUACAAUUACAGUCAGUGUUAUGUUUCCGGUUGGCAGAGAGGUGACUUUGGCGGAUCAGCAAUCCUUCCCAAGCGGUGGACCCUCUACGUCCUGCCGUCCGAUCAGUGCAGGACCAAGUUGAGAUUGUCCCUUUUGGGGAGGCGACACGCCCACAACGAUACUCUCUUGUGUGCCGGCGGAGACAAAGGUGAUUUCGUCUGCGGGGAUGUGGACAUGACGGGAGUGCCUUUGAUGUGUCCACUUUCCAGUCACGAUGAUCGGUUCAUCUUGGCAGGACUCUUGACCAGGACAGCUCGCUGCGAUGGUCCACAGCUGCUGGGGAUUUACACAAACGUCAAAGUCUACCGCCAGUGGAUCGAUCAGAAGCUCAGAGAACGCGAUCUUGAUAUUAGACAGUAUAUGGUGUAAAAAAAAAAAUAAAUAUAAAAGUUCAUGAGAACAGAAAGACA